AGGAAGUAGAGCUAUCAGCUGAUCCCGCUGGCUGUUGUUGAUGUCUGAAGUUGCUGUUGUCGCUGCGUCUCUCUCUCGUCGGCCCUCGACAUUAACGGACUCGGUGACACGCUGAGAAACGUGAACGGCAGCGGCCAUUUACCGGGCGAAGGGACGCGUCACGUCGCUCGGAGGUCUGAACGUGCGUCCCCGGCGGGCAGCAGCGGAGCUAGCUCCUUAGCUGAAGGGAGAAAAACAGCAGCGGCAGCCCACGACGUCUCUUUGUUUCAAUCCCAAGCAGGAUAAUAACUUUCCCUCGCUUGACUCAAGUAUUUCUGUUUGCAUAUCCGUUACUUAUAUUUAUAGUUAUAUUUAAAAACCGGGACACCGUCAGGGGCAGCUAAUUGGUUUGCUAACGUUAGCUUGCAGUGCAGAUUAAAAACAUUUUUUGAUUUUUUUUUUUCCCCCCUUUCGUAACCGCCCGAGAUUCACAGUCUCUAAACAUUGCGGCUGUAUUGGAAAGGGAAUCAUCAUCAGAGCUGAUAUGUGUUUGUUUUUCACUGUUCCAUCUGUUGAACAAGUUGAACUGAUCUCUGCUCUGCAGCGUGUGUCAGGUUGUCUUUAUUGAUUUCUAGAGUUCAUAAACAAACUGUUGGUUCACUGACAGCUUCGUCUUGUGUGUUUUAGGUUUGCUGGCAGGUUGCGUCAUUUGUUUAUCCGCAAGCUGUCAGUCCGUGCUGGAUAUUUUUGCUGUUUUUAUGUUUUAAAUAGUUUUUCCAUAGGUAGAAGAAUAUCAAACACUUUUAUACCUCUUCUUUGGAGCUGAUUUUCAACCCAGGAAAAAUAUCAUGAGAUAAGGAAGGAGCCGCUUUGAUGCUCAUGAAUUUGGCAGCUUGAUAGUUAUGAUUUAAAAUAGGACGCUGAAGGUGCAUUGGGAAGUCGCUGUGAUCAGGGAGAGCCAGCAGAAACAGGCAGGGUCCCACAGAGUCUUGAGGUGAGGUGAGCUGCCCCCACACUACUUGCCAAUGCUGGAUCUGGAAGUGGUGCCUGAGAGAUCACUAGGAAAUGAGCAAUGGGAAUUCGCCUUAGGGAUGCCAUUUUCCCAGGCCAUCUCUAUCCUGCAGAAACACUGCCGUAUAAUCAAAAAUGUCCAGGUGCUAUACAGCGAGCAGACACCGCUCAGCCAUGACCUCAUAUUGAACCUGACUCAGGAUGGGAUUAAACUGCUGUUUGACGCCACAAAUCAGAGACUCAAGGUGAUUGAAGUGUACGACCUGAGCAAAGUCAAGUUGAAGUACUGUGGAGUCCAUUUCAACUCUCAGGCCAUCACCCCCACAAUAGAGCAAAUAGACCAGUCAUUUGGAGCGACUCAUCCUGGAGUUUAUAAUGCUGCAGAACAAUUGUUCCAUCUCAACUUUCGAGGACUUUCCUUCUCCUUUCAACUGGAUUCGUGGAAUGAAGCUCCAAAAUACGAGAUUCCACAUGGAGCCAUGGUCAAGAGGAUGCACAUCUACACUGGCAACAACCUCCAAGAAACAAAAGCUCCUGCGAUGCCGUUGGCUUGCUUCAUGGGCAACAUCUUUGCAGAGUGUGUCGACGUCCUGAGGGAUGGGGCGGGUCCUCUGGGGCUCAAGCUCCGCCUUCUCACAGCAGGUUCUGGACUCGGUGUGAUGGCUGAUGCAAAGGUCCGGUAUCUGGAGAGGAGCAUCUUCUUUGGAGACUCCUGUCAGGACGUUCUGGGCGCUUUGGGCUCGCCGCACAAAGUCUUCUACAAAUCUGAGGAUAAGAUGAAGAUCCACUCUCCGUCUCCUCACAAGCAGGUUCCCUCUAAAUGUAACGACUACUUCUUCAACUACUUCACCCUCGGAGUGGACAUCCUGUUUGACUCGACGACCCACCUGGUUAAGAAGUUCGUCCUCCAUACGAACUUCCCUGGGCAUUACAACUUUAAUAUAUACCAUCGAUGUGACUUUAAGAUCCCACUACUCAUCAAAAAAGAAGGAACAGACUCUCAGGCGGAGGAUUGCAUCUUAACCACCUACAGCAAGUGGGAUCAGAUUCAGGAGCUUCUGGGUCAUCCGAUGGAAAAACCCGUCGUCCUUCACAGGUCUUCAUCAGCCAACAACACAAACCCGUUCGGUUCCACUUUCUGCUUCGGACUACAGAGGAUGAUUUUUGAGGUGAUGCAGAACAAUCACAUAGCAUCAGUCACCCUCUAUGGAGCUCCCCGGACCACCAGUCAACCCCGACCCGAGUCCAGCGCGAGUUCCCACUGAACCAGAACCACGCCCCAUUCUGGCCGACCCAAACAACAGUUCUUUUGCUGACUGAAUUGGAACCGAAACCAGAUUUUUUUUUUUUUUUUUUUUUACCUAAACAGGCCUGGCAGAAUCACUACAACCUGGCUCAGGUGCUUCAGAGUGAAAAAGUCGACAUCAAAACCAGACCUGCUGCCACCUGUUUGGUACCAGCAUGCGGGGUUCUGUUGGUACCAAACUCGCCCCGUCCUGCAGGGACGCGGUCCUGCUGCGGGAGCAGCUCACAUGCUUCGAAAAGAAAGCUGUAAAAUCUGCAUCCUGUGAACCUCAGAGACCGUUCUGCUGCCUGUACAGUGACAGAAGCUUCAUGCCAUCGUGAUGCAUUCGGGUUCAUCGACGCUGCAGGAAAACAUAAAACUAAUAAAACUACAUCAGCCAACCACACUGCCAUCCCGGUCAGUCCUGCUCGUCUUCCUGCUUCAAGACCGCUCCGGAUCUGGGUCCAGUCCAACCCGUCCAGUCCUGCACCAUGAGCCCAAACACACUUCAAGCUAAGCGUCCAUUUCUGUUUUAAAUCACAAGACCCAGCCUGACCCGAUCCAAACAUCUCCAUCUUCACUCCCCAAACACUUCCUUGACCCACCUGAGUCCGUUUGCAGCCGUUUCAUCUCAUUGCUACAGACUUUACUUCCCAUCAUUUCAACCCGACUGUCACGCCUUUCUGAUGAACGGCGGCCGGUUCAGACGGUUAAAGGUCAACCCGCAUGACUCUGAACGAGAAGCGAUCUCCAGAAAGCACAACAGGAAGUGCUCUCGCUUCGUUCGGUUGAUUAAAGCUACAGCAUGUCCCUUUUAUUCAGAAUGUUCUUUUUUACGUAUUUGUUAAAAUUAUCAAUAGCUUGUGACAGCACAAUAUAAUGCAGAUAAUCUCUAAAAGAAACUUGAACUUCUCUUACUUCUGCCUAAGAUCUUUGUCACCUGAACACACAGCUCCAUGCGAAACAACCAAUCAGAGCCAGGAGGAGGGUCUUAGCGCUGUCAAUCAUCCUCACAUCCUCCGCUUGUUCUCUGCUAGCCUGCCAGAAAUGCUCAGGCUAGUUAGCAUAGCCACAGAUGAUGGCAGAUAAAUGGAUUUUCCUGAAUGGUAAGUUGUUAAAGCUUGUACAUGAUGUGUAUUGACAGCACUAAGAGCCUCCUCCACCUGAUUGGUUGUAUUUUUAGAUGACAGUAGUAGCAUUGGGAGCUGGAUCUUUUCACAGAUUAUCUAUCUCAUAUUAAACUGCUACAACAUGGCGACAAUUUGAAUUAUUACGUUAAAAAACAACAUAUUCUUGUAAAAGUUACGUACUGCAGCUUUAACAACCUUCCUGCAUGCUCUGUCUGGGUGUCCAAAGCACAUUUCUCCCUCACCAUGACAACCAUUUCCAUUGUGUAAUAAUCAUAAUAAUUUAUUGUGAUUCCUAUUUUUGUUUUUAACAUUUGCACUAAUAGACACAUUUUUACUUGAUCGUGCCCCAUCCUUUGAGAUGGAUAUGUAUUGAAGCGUAGGAGGGAUGUGUGUGUGAGUGUGUGUGUGUGUUGGUGCAGAUGAGCGGCGCCGCCAUCGCGUUCUGUACGACGUUUCGUCUUUCUUCAGUGCUUUCUUCCGUUCUGAUCCAGCUGCAGUUAUCUCUCUGUUUAGUUGCCAAAUGCUAAAGCCAAAGACCUUUUAGGAAGUCUUCAUUUCAUCGGUGUGUUUUCUUGUCUUGCAGAGUCAAAUAUUCCUAACUCCAUCUUAAUUUGAAGACGUGGUACAGCUUUUAAUCCGUGUUUCAGUAAUGAUCCAACAUGACCAGCCGACUCAGCUCAUCCGUUCUGGAUAAGUCGCAUCGUGUUUACCGUCAGCUCGUACCGUGGUCGACGUCCUCAGUGAACUGUGACGUAGAGAACAGCCGUCAUUUCUGUGGUUGUCAAACCGACUUGUUUUGGAAAUGCAUCAGUCAUUUCUUUCUCCCAGCAUGUAAAUUGACCUUGUUUUUAAUUACAAACUAAUUAAUAAACUGUGCAUUCAUUUUAAUAGACAAAUUCUCUCAUUGUUCCUUGAUGCAAGUGUAUUUUCGUUUUCCCGCCUUUUCAAAAUAUUCGCUUUAAGUACUGUGCCUUUAACAGAAAAAUCCGCUACCCUUGGAUUUUUCCACAUUUUGUCAAGAUACAACCACAAACUUUACUGUUCCUCUACACAAACUGCUGUUCUUUCUUUAAACGACUUCUGUGAAUAUAAGUCUUAAAAUCUUGCCACAAAUCUAUUAGAUUUAAACCUGAACUUUGACUGGACCAUUCUAACACGUGAAUUUGCUUUGAUCCAAAGCAAAUGUCUCAAAAACAGCUGCGUUUCGUUACAAAUGUGUGCAAAACUUUGAUAGUCCGCUAAUGGAAAACUCUACUCCGUUGUUUCCAUUAAAUAAGAAACGCAAUGAAAAUCACACGUGAUGAAGUUUGUACAGGCUACGAGUAAUUAAAAAAAGCCUCAUCAUCCUCCUACCACUUCCUGUCUUCCUCUUCGUCUUUUCCGUCUGUAGUAACAUCCGGCCGUUGGUCAGACGACUCGUUUGCCAAUUUUAUGAAAAAAAAAAUCAUUUUGAUACAGACAAAAAAAAACACCUCAUCAUAUCACAAAAACUUUGCAGUUGAUGCUUUUCCAUUAAGCAAAUUUAUUUUCAUAAAUCUAUCAUAAAUGUCAUUCUGCACAUCUGAAUCAAAAAGCUAAAUUAGCUUCACAGCAUCCAAUCAGAUUCUACAAAUUAGCUAAUCAUUUGAUCCAAGUGCGUUGAAGGUCAAUCUGAAAUGUGCUGGAUUUUGACUCAAACUGUAGAUUAUAGAUUAUAUUACAUCAUUUUUAGUUGGUGUUUAGUCAACUUCUUACUAAAUAAGUAUUUUAUUGCUCUUGAUUAUAUUUAAGGAUCUCACUGUAAAGGGAGAAUAUUUCAACUACAUUUUAUUUGGAAAAAUGUUGAUAAUCAUGCAUCUUUUUUUUUACUUAUUUUAUCACAUCAUAUUCAGCGAAAUAAAAUGAUAGAAGUUUGAUUUUUGUACUGAGACAAAAUGUGGAACAGAUCAAAUGGUAUUUGUUAGACUGUGGAGCCAUCACACAAACAAAAUUUUUAUUUGUGAUUUUUUUCCUUUGAAGGAUCCCAAACUAGCUUGUUUUUUUGUUUCACACUUCUAUAAUCUGAAAGCCAUUAAAUAAAAUGCAUGCUUUUCUUUUCAGGCAGCAGUGAAUUUUCAAGUAGGCUGUUUAAAGUAGCAAGAACAUUUUUUCAGUGCACAGAAACUCAUUUUAGUGUUUAGAUUUCUAACCAAUGCUUUUUAGUGUUUCUCAAAAGAAAAGCUGUUGUGAAGUCAAUGCCCAGCUGUAUAAACGCUGUAAAUAGCUGUUCCUGGCAUCCUUUGUUACGACUUGGUUUCUUCUUUUCUGUAUUGUGAAGAAAGUUAAUCAGAAAAUAGUUUCUGCUCUCGGCUGGUUCAGUCAGCCGGGCAGCGUCGGUGUUUCUAGUGGGCUGCCGGCAAACGGAUGUCUCUGUGAAGCACAUAAACUCUUCAUUUUCACAUCAUUCUCUGCUGGACAAAGUUUGAUAUUUGUCUGAUUUCACUGCGUGGCGCAGCCCCCAUCUGGAUGACGGGGUGAGCCUGGAUGUUCAGGUUCUCACUUUCUUCAGCUUUGACAAACCUUUUGGGUUUUGAACAUAUCUCUUUGGGGUUCUGUUAGGUUUCCCAAUAUUUAAAGUUGAUCUGAUCUCCGUUUUGGUAUGUUUUCUGGUGAAAACUGUCUUACAUGUCGUGGUCAAAUAUUUUCCCAAAACUCGCUUCGGUGGAAGAAAAUGUGUUUAAAAACAAAGUCUGAAACAUUGUGCCUCAUCUCCCUCUGAGCCUGUUUUUAUCUUUUUUUUUUCCUCUGUAAAAAUGAUUUUCUGUGGGACAUACAGUGUGAGAAUGCAUUUUAAUUGCAUUGGGAAAUGUGUGAGUGUAAGAUAUGCAUUUAUUUCUUUG